AUGUAUUACCUCUACAAUAUGCCCAUGGGCCCACAUGGGAUGGCCCAUAUAGUAUGGGUCAUUGUCACUCUGGGCUUUGUCCUGUUCCUUCUGUCUGGUCUGAGUGCCACCUAUCCACCGUAUAGUACGGGUAUGAUUCACUGCAUGCUGCCGCGGUCCGGUUCUGAACCAUGGUUCGAACCUGACCAAUGGUCAGGUUCAUCCAUGGUUCAGUCCACGUUGUCCAAUCUGUGCUCCCGGUUGUCCAAUCAAGCUCAAGGAUUCUCCAAUGCACAUGGCGGAGACUGGCUGUUUGUUCUGUCCUCAAAUAAAAAGAGCAAUCCCCACCAGGAUGCCAAGGAUAUCGUGUUUUACAAUGAUCCUGACGACACCAUCCCACUUUGCACUCAAUCCUCUUCCGAGUCUGCCCCCACAGAUGCCUUCUCAGUGUUACUGAGGGCUGGAUGCAAACCAGCACCACUGACUGCAGGUGCUCAACGCUCAAUUUGCACCUCUAAGCCCUCUGCCCACCUCCGCGAUGCUGAUAAUGCCUGUUCUCACCAAGCAUCCAGCUCGUUGACAAACCACAAACGUGCACGUGCCUUAUCCAGUACUACUACGGAGCCACUAGUCACAAAAAAGGUUGUGUUACAACUUGCAGCUCCAUUAUCUGAUGAUGACGACUCUCAUGUCCCUGGUGCUGACACGGAUUGUGAUACUGAUACUAAUGAUGCACCUGCUGAAGACCAACCUGAAGACAAAGAGGAGCCUGAAGAUGCAAUCGCCCGAAACACGCUGUCAAAGAGUGAGCGUAGUGCUGAUGUUCGCACUAUCUUCACUCGCCAUGACAAAGAGGAUGCUGGUGAACCCAAAAGCAAGUACACCUUUCGAGGUGGUAUCUCCACACUAUGCACUCGUAUUUGUCGUCAAAAAAAUCAUUUCCAACUGUACAAGACACACUGUGAAGCUGCAGGCAUCACAAUGCACCCUCGAGCGGUUCCCACUGGCGAAGCUCAAUGUCUGUGA